AUGAAGACCUAUUUGGUGCUUUUCUGUCUUGCCUUCUACAGCGUUAUUCAAGCACGGAUUCCGGAUGAUGUGAAAGAGUCGUUUUAUCGGGCAAAAUCGUUUAAGGAUCUCAGUGACGAUUUACAUAUCCGAUAUCAUCACAGAGAUGGACAUGAAUCUCGUAGAGGACAUGGGCACCGUCAUCGGGAUCCUCAUGUACAAAUCCAUGGGGCAAGCAUUACUGGUGGAUUAAGACGGGGAAAACUUCGCUUUAUCUCUGAGAAAGCGGAUGGGUCACAAACUGAGAACGAAAUACAGAUUCAAGAUUCGACUAAAAACGAUCUGGCUACUCUCCAAAAUUUGCAUCAAGGCAGUGAUCAAUGUCAGCUACAAUCGGUCUGUGUUCCGGUGAACAUCACAAAUGAUGACCCGAUGAUCGAGAUUUAUCCACGAUGCAUCGAGAUCCCACAAUGCGUCGGAUCGUGUUGUCUAUUGUCGAAAUCGUGUCAGCCACACCACGUGGAAUAUAAAGAUUUUCCGGUGGUUCGACUUGAUUACAUUGGGAACAAGCAGUUCAGCGUGCGAGACAUCAUCAAUAUUACGAUGGAAACACACACUUCAUGCUCUUGUCACAGUUGUGGGAAACAACUUUGCUCACGAAGCUUUGUACUCAAUGAUGUGUGCGAAUGCGAGUGUUCGAAAAAAGAUGAGAACUCGUGCGACGGAACUUGGAACCCGUCCACAUGCACCUGCAUAUGUGAAAAUGUUGAAUGUCCGGCUGACAAAGUGCUCAAUGAGAAGACUUGUCGCUGUCAAAGGUCCCAUGUUGAAAAUCUAGUUCAAAAGAUCGAAUCGUCAAAAACUGAAUUAAAUCAUGGAGUUCAACUUCCAAGCGAUGAUGAUGAGCUGAUAGACGCCUCAAAUCUGCCAACCUUAAAGCCGGUGACAAGAGGCAAGAUGACUCUACCCAUCAAAUUUCACGAGCAUCUCAAUCUGCUAAACGUCGGCAUCAAGCAGCAGUUUAUCACGUUCAACAAUGUGACGAUGGAAAGCGACAAGAACAUCGUCGUUCGCGAAACGGUUGGCGACAGCAAUCAAGUCGUCAUAAUCAGUAUGUCCGACCCGACGAAUCCCACUCGCCGACCCAUCCAAGCAGAUUCCGUCAUCAUGCAUCCAUCGCAAAAGAUCAUCGCUCUGAAAGCUGGAAAAACACUGCAAAUCUUUAACAUCGAAGCCAAAGCGAAAGUCAAGGCCCAUCAAAACACCGAAGAUGUCACCUAUUGGAAAUGGGUAAACGAGAAGACGAUUGCUCUCGUCACCGACACAGCAGUUUUUCACUGGAGUAUAGAAGGACAAGAUGCACCAGUGAAGAUGUUUGAUCGCCACAGUGCUCUUCAGAACCAUCAAAUCAUCAGUUAUCGAGCAGAUGCGGAUCUGAAAUGGCUUUGCCUUGUUGGGAUUGCUGCCAAAGACACUAGGAUUGUCGGACAAAUGCAGCUCUACAGCACCGAAAGGAAAGUCUCGCAGCCAAUCGAAGGACAUGCUGCUUGCUUCGUUCAGUUCAAGGCUGAGGGAAACGCCCAUCCGAGCAAUUUGUUCUGCUUUUCCGUCCGCAAUGAGGCUGGUGGGAAACUGCAAGUGAUUGAAGUUGGCUCACCACAACAAGGAAAUCAGCCUUUUGCAAAGAAAGCUGUUGAUGUUCCAUACAGCGCUGAGGCUGCUACCGACUUUCCCGUUAGCCUUCAGGGAUCUGGCAAGCAUGGAAUUUUGUACCUCGUCACGAAACACGGAUUUGUUCAUCUCUACGAUAUGGAUUCGGGAACUCGAAUUUAUUCAAACCGGAUUUCAACGGACACAGUUUUUGUCACCUGUGAAUACACCACCACCAAAGGAAUUAUGGGUGUAAACAGGAAAGGCCAGGUUCUCUCCGUUUCAAUCGAUGAAAACAACAUGGUCCCCUUCGUCACCCAGCAGUUACAAAAUCCCGAUCUAGCUCUCAAACUUGCUGUUCGUUGCGAUCUUGCGGGAGCCGAAGAGUUGUUUGUUCGCAAAUUCAACCUGAUGUUCUCAAACGGAAGUUUCAAUGAGGCCGCUAGGAUUGCAGCUACGGCGCCACAAGGAAUAUUGAGGACACCUGCCACAAUUCAGAAAUUUCAGCAGGUUCCAACACAAGCUGGACAACAAUCUCCCCUGCUUCAAUACUUUGGUAUUCUUCUCGAUCAAGGAAAGCUGAACAAAUAUGAAACUCUCGAGUUAUGCCGUCCAGUUUUGGCUCAAGGAAGAAACGAACUUCUUCAAAAAUGGCUUCAGGAACAAAAGCUCGAAUGUUCUGAAGAGCUCGGAGACCUUGUGCGACCGCACGAUGCCAAUACUGCACUGUCGAUCUAUCUGCGUGGAAAUGUGCCUCACAAAGUCGUCCAAUGUUUCGCUGAAACAGGCCAAUUCGACAAGAUCAUCGUCUACGCUAAACGUGUCGGCUUCGAGCCUAAUUAUCUAUUCCAGCUUCGACAGGUGUUGCGAGCUAACCCAGAUCAAGCUGCAGGGUUUGCGAAAAUGUUGGCGACUGAAGGAAAUGGUGAACCAUUGGCUGAUUUGAAUCAAAUCGUUGACUGCUUCAUGGAAGUUCAAGCCGUGCAGCCAUGUACUGCGUUUUUACUUGAGGUGCUGAAAGGUGAUAAAGAGAGCGAAGGACAUCUGCAAACACGCUUGCUUGAAAUGAACUUGAUGGCGUCGCCAGUUGUUGCUGAUGCUAUCCUCGGAAAUCAGAUGUUCCAUCACUAUGAUCGUGCCGCAAUUGGUCAGUUGUGUGAGAAGGCUGGUUUACUGCAAAGAGCUCUCGAACACUUCACUGACUUGUAUGACAUCAAACGAACCGUUGUUCAUACUCAGCACCUCAAGCCUGAUUGGCUUGUCAACUACUUUGGCUCACUAUCCGUGGAGGACUCGUUGGAAUGCCUCAAAGCUAUGCUCCAAGCUAAUCUGCGUCAAAACCUUCAAGUGGUAGUCCAAAUCGCUUCGAAAUAUCACGAACAGCUGGGAACGCCGGCCCUUAUUGAAUUAUUUGAGUCAUUCAAGACGUAUGAAGGACUCUUCUAUUUUCUGGGUGCCAUCGUGAAUUUCUCACAAGAUCCCGAAGUUCAUUUCAAAUACAUCCAAGCAGCGACAAGAACUAGCCAAAUCAAGGAAGUAGAGCGUAUUUGCCGUGAAUCCACCGUCUAUGAUCCGGAGCGAGUCAAAAAUUUCCUGAAAGAGGCGAAACUGAGUGAUCAACUUCCUCUAAUCAUCGUAUGCGAUCGUCACAACAUGGUCCAUGAUCUUGUGCUCUACCUUUACCGAAAUCAGCUGCAAAAGUACAUCGAAGUCUUUGUUCAAAAGGUCAAUUCUGCCCGUUUGCCAAUUGUUGUUGGAGGAUUGUUGGAUGUUGAUUGCAGCGAAGAUGCCAUCAAGCAGUUGAUUGUUAAUACACGUGGAAAGUUCGACAUUGAUGAGCUCGUUGCCGAAGUUGAAAAGCGCAAUCGUCUGAAGUUAUUGGCACAUUGGCUCGAAUCACGUGUUCAAGAAGGAGCUCAAGAUGCGGCUACUCAUAAUGCACUUGCAAAAAUCUACAUUGAUGCGAAUCAGAAUCCGGAUCGCUUCUUGAAGGAGAAUCCUUAUUAUGAUCCACGAGUCGUCGGAAAGUAUUGCGAGAAACGCGAUCCUCACUUCGCUUUCCUCGCUUAUGAAAAGGGACAUUGUGACGCGGAACUCAUCACUGUUUGCAAUGAGAAUUCACUUUUCAAAAAUCUGGCUCGCUACUUGGUUCGACGACGCGAUUUUGAACUUUGGGAGCAAGUCUUGGCUGAGAGCAAUCAAUAUCGGCGACCAUUGAUCGAUCAAGUGGUUCAAACCGCAUUGUCUGAAACGCAAGACCCUGAAGACAUCUCAACCACUGUCAAAGCAUUCAUGGCUGCCGAUUUGCCCAAUGAGCUGAUUGAGCUGCUCGAGAAGAUUGUUCUGGAUAGCACUGUGUUUUCUGAACACCGCAAUCUUCAAAAUUUACUCAUUUUGACGGCAAUCAAGGCGGACCGGACUCGCGUGAUGGCCUACAUUCAAAAGUUGGACAACUAUGAUGCCCCUGACAUUGCAAAUAUUGCCAUAUCAAGUGAAUUGUACGAGGAAGCUUUUGCCAUUUUCAAGAAGUUCGACGUCAACAGCUCUGCGAUUAACGUGUUGAUUGAAAAUGUCGGAAACUUGGACCGUGCUUACGAGUUUGCUGAAAAGUGCAAUCAGUCAGAUGUUUGGGCCAGCUUGGCUAAAGCUCAGUUGAAGCAAGGAUUGGUCAAGGAGGCUGUCGAUUCGUUCAUCAAGGCUGAUGAUCCAGGCGCCUACAUUGAAGUCGUCAAGAAGUGUGCUGAAACAGACCACUGGGAAGAUUUGGUGAGAUAUCUGCAAAUGGCCCGAAAGAAGUCGCGUGAAUCAUACAUCGAAACGGAGCUUGUCUUUGCACUCGCUAAGACUAGCCGCCUUACGGAACUUGAGGAAUUCAUUUCUGGACCUAAUCAUGCGCAGAUCAUCCAGAUUGGAGAUCGCUGUUUCGAUGCUGGCAUGUUUGAAGCUGCAAAAAUUCUUUUCUCCAAUGUUUCCAACUUUGCAAAACUGGCUGUAACUCUUGUUCGAUUGUGUGAAUAUCAAGGAGCAGUAGAUGCUGCUAGAAAAGCCAACUCUACCAAAACGUGGAAGCAGGUAUGCUUUGCAUGUGUCGAUGCUGGAGAAUUCCGUCUCGCUCAAAUCUGCGGUCUAGCAAUUGUCGUUCAUGCCGAUGAGUUGGAAGAAUUGAACAACUAUUACCAAGAUUAUGGUCAUUUCGAAGAGCUUAUCUCACUUUUGGAAGCGGCUCUUGGCCUCGAGCGCGCGCACAUGGGAAUGUUCACAGAAUUGGCAAUCUUGUAUUCGAAGUACAAGCCUGAAAAGAUGCGUGAACAUUUGGAGCUUUUCUGGUCACGAGUUAAUAUUCCGAAGGUUUUACGGGCUGCCGAACAAGCGCAUUUGUGGGCUGAACUUGUAUUCCUUUACGACAAGUACGAGGAAUAUGAUAAUGCUGCUUUGACUAUGAUGCAACAUCCUACGGAGUCAUGGCGCGAACAGCACUUUAAGGAAGUCAUUGCAAAGGUGGCCAACGUCGAAUUAUAUUACAAAGCAAUGCAGUUCUACUUGGACUACAAGCCAUUGUUGAUUAACGACCUGUUGCUCGUUCUCUCGCCAAGAUUGGAUCAUUCACGGACUGUGCAAUUCUUCACGAAAUUGGGACAUUUGCAUCUGGUACGCCCUUACUUGAAGCAAGUGCAAACUCAAAACAACAAAGCCUUGAACGAGGCCCUCAACAACAUGUACAUCGAAGAGGAGGAUGCCACCUCUCUCCGGGCUUCGAUCGAUGCUCACAACAAUUUCGACAAUAUUGCACUUGCCCAACAACUCGAGAAGCAUCCGCUUGUGGAAUUCCGACGAAUCUCUGCAUAUUUAUUCAAAGGAAACAACCGUUGGAAGCAAAGCAUCGAGUUGUGCAAGAAAGACAAGCUCUACAAGGACGCCAUGGAAUAUGCUGCCGAGUCUCGCUUAACAGAAAUCGCUGAAGAUCUGAUCUCAUUCUUCCUUGAUGAAAGGCUCUACGAUUGUUUUGCUGGAACUCUUUACCAUUGCUAUGACUUGAUUCAUCCUGAUGUCAUUCUGGAACUCUCCUGGAAGCACAAGAUUACCGACUUUGCUAUGCCUUAUAUGGUGCAAGUGAUGCGUGACUAUCAAACACGUCUUGAGCGACUCGAAAAAGCCGAAGCUGAACGAAAGGAAGAGGCUAAGGAACAACCUCACAAUGGGCCAAUGAUGGAACAACCUUUGAUGCUCACCUAUGGCCCCACCGGCGGACUCCCACCGGCUCAGAUGGGAUCUUAUGGAAGCCCUGCUACUGGAAUGCCAUUCAGCGGUCACAUGCCAUACGGAGGAUCCAUGCCACAAGGAUAUCCUCAACAAAGCGGUCAUUUCAUG